AUGACGGCACUCCAGGACCGUGCGGAUGUCAGAGAUAGCAUAACAGAACUCGAUAUGACGGGAGAAAGAGGAUUAAUUCGAGAAUUUGCAAGCCACUACUGGUUAGUAGCCACUAGGGAGUUCGGAGCCGAUGGGGGCUGCGAGAGUUCUCCCGGUGUUGACAAGAAUGUGCUUAAUUAA